CAGUUGUCUUUUUAUUUGCGUAUAGUGUUCUCGUAGUCGGUUGCACGUCGGCGCUUUCGUCAUACAUUGCUAAAUCAUUUGUGUUACAAAAUUACGAUGCCUCAAGACCUUCAACAAGAAGUGAUAUCUAUAAGAGAAUGGCUUGCGAAAGAACCUCACCUACCGAAAGACUUAGAUGAUUUCAUAUUGGAAAAGUUUUUACACAGCUGUUACGGUAGUUUGCAGAAGACGAAGAAAUGCAUAGAAAGGUUUUGUUCGACGCGCAGCGUCAUGUCAGAGAUCUACAUACUGAGGGACCCGAUAUCACCGAGCAUGGAGACCGCAUUCUCUAUUACUAACGUUUCCAAUUAUGAGGCUGGUGAAAAUGAAAUCUUAAUUCAUCAAUUUGAAGAUCCGACUCUGGAAAAAUUUAAUUUUUACGAUAUCUUGAAGAGUUUCUCCAUACAAGCAGAUAUGUGGUUAAUGGAACAAAAGUUCUUGCCCGAAGGACACAUCAUUAUUCUUGAUAUGAACAAUUAUUCCCUGAGAAUGAUUCCUAGGAUAAAUAUCUUCUUGAUUAGAGAAUUCUUCAUGUUCUUAUUGGAAGGAAUGCCGGUUCGUGUUAAACAAAUCUAUGCAAUCAAUGCACCGUCAUAUUACGACAAACUUUUCGCUUUAGUUAAACCGGUGCUACCCUCAGAAAUUUGCAAUAUCAUUCAAUUCCUGCCCGAUUGCCAAAGCUUGCACAAACACAUAGACAAAAAAUAUCUGCCUUCUGAGUACGGAGGUGAAGCGGAAAGUAUGAAGGCACAGCAUAAAAGCUGGAUUGAUCAAAUUCAAAAGGCCAGAGCAAGGUUUUUAAACGAUAACUUAUGGAAAGCAGACCUGAAAAAGAAAUCAAAAAACAACUCUUUUGAAAAUACAAUGAAUGGUUCUUUCAAGACAUUAUGCAUAGACUAGACUCAUUAUUAUAGUAAGGUUUUAUUUUUACAAUA